AUGCAUGCUAUUCUUCCAAUUUUACUGCUCCCGGAACAUGUCACGCCCACCCCGUCCAACCUUCCUCUCCUAAAAGCCAUCCAGAAGGUCCUGAAUGACUCGUAUACUGCAACAUAUUGUACACAUCCCGAGAUCUUUGGGACCAGUCAUCUUCGCAUGGCAGAUCCGGCACAACUAGCAGAUAUCAUUGGCGCUGACGGCUUCACCAUCGUCCUGGUCCGGGUCACAUCAGAUGGAGCAGAUCAACAGCCACAACUCUGCGAAGUGCUUGCAACGGGUAGUGUGAAAGAUUUUGGUGAAGGGGAGGUUGAAACAUACGCGCAAUGGAGCAAGAAUCGGAGUGGCAGUGAAUGGGAAACUCAGGUGGAAAACCGAGGACGCAGUGGUGGAACGACUGAGCGGAGAGCAGAAGAAGUGCAAAGGUUCGAAGUCACCGCGUUUGCUGUGUCGCCGCACUGUCAGGCUGCUGGGUUGGGCGCCCAAGUGUUAAAGGAGAUCAAGUGGUUGGUGGCCAGUGAUGCAAACGGUCCGAGGCUGCGAAAUAUCACUGCAAAGAAUACAGCUCUGAUCCAUGGGCUAGGACUGUCAGGCUCAGCGACCACCAUCCCGCUUCAAGGAAUUGACCUCAAUCGACAGAAGGAUAUUAUAGCAGACGCAAGGAUAAGAACGCCGGAACAAAAUAUCCACGACACAGCCAAAUCGAAGUUGACCAAUGGCAAACCCCACUUGCAUACAAUGAAUUCGAGUUCUGUGGUGGAUAAAGGCGACUCUCGGAAAUUUCUUGCCCUCAAAAUUCUCGAUGCCCAAUGCUACGGCGCGAAGAAAGAUGUCUUCGAGAGAGAGAUUCUCAAGCACCUGAGAGAUGGAGACCGUAGACAGCUUGGAUACAAACACAUUUGUCCCCUCACAGUUUUGGGGCCUGGUUCCCUGAGAGUAGGAUCCCGAACGUCGCUCUGGAACCUCGGCGCAGUCCUCUUGGAAGUGUUCUGCACAGUGCGCAUGUUCAGUGGGGCCGUUGCUCCCGAUGGCCGUUACGAGGCGAAGGAGCAUUGA